AUGGUAAACACGAAAAUAAUGAUCGCGGCCUUAUAAAUAUUGGCGUUUGUGGAAUUCUUUAGCAGUUGGGGCUGAACAUGGCGAAACUCCGCGUUAGUCUUUCUUUGGUGUUAUCAGCGUUAGCGUUAUGUAACGCAUUCACGAUUUUUGUACCCAAAAACAAUGAGUUGGUGUACAAUUAUUCAGCAAUUGUACAGUCCGGAACCGAAAUACCUACGUCGUUUUCUUCGGAUCUGUACCUUCAAGGAAAAAUUCACAUCCAACCAAUCGAUAAUGGAAUCAAAGUUCGUUUCUCUGACUUAAAAUUCUAUAUGUAUAACGGCGAGGCUUAUCACAAUUAUUAUGCCAACACAAAAGGGCAACCUCUACCCGAGGAAAUGCACGAUUUGUACAAACCUUUCCAAAUUAACUACGAUUCCGAUGGCGUCGUCGAUACCAUUGUCACAAUGACAGGCGAGAAGGAUUAUGUGAAAAACAUGAAAAAAGCAGUAGCCUCCAUAUUCCAGAUGGACAUCCACAAAGUUUCCUUUGCAAACCAUCACUCCUUCACCGUCAUGGAACCAUCAAUCUAUGGAGUACACAAAAUGCAUUAUAAUGUUGUACCAAUGGACUCCCUUGUGGUCAUUCAUAAGGCCCAUUCAAUGCAAACCAUGAACCAUAUGUUCCCGUUCACGUUGAGCAACGUAGAACCCGAAUAUUGCGAGGUUGUUCCCGAACAUCCUUUCCACCACGACAUGCAUAGGACUUAUUACGUUAAAAAUACCGAUGGUCAACGCAUUGUGCAAACCAUUCAUGCCUUUGGACGUUUCGAGAGUUUUCCAUUUAGUGCACGGUCUAACACACAGAUGAUGUUUUCCAAUCAGACAUUUAACUUGGAGCAAAUGAAGCCGAUCGAAAAACCCAUGGAAGUCGAAAACGGUCACACCGACAAGACCAUAGGAUACACUUUGUAUACAGCUGAUGAAGAAUAUGAAAAUAUGCCGGACAUUUUCCUUGGACGAAGGCAAAUGAAUGUGAAAAGUCUCUUGCCCACAUUGUACACCAUGUUCGAAGAUGUUAUCAAGUAUUUGAACAGAAAUCAGAUUAUUCCGGAAGUACCUGAUGUUCUCCACGGUCAAAUGAUAAACAGAAUUGUCCGUUUUAUGCUUUACCUUAAAUAUGCCGAUUUUGAAGAAGUCUAUUCAACUUUGAUUCAAAAAACUAGCGAACACGACAAGCAGAUGAUGGAAAUCUUCCAACAAAUUCUUCCACUUGUCGGAACUCGCGCCUCCAUUAUUUUCACUAAAGAUUUGAUUGAAAAAAAUAAAGUCAAAGAAUACAUGGCAAUGGAAAUGCUUUACAAACUCCCGUUCAAUGUCAAAACACCGAACGUAAAAAUUUUGGAAGACACAAAAGACAUGAUGUCUUGGCCUAAUAGUGUAAGUUACAAUAUACGUAAAGCGGCCAUUCUUUCCUUCGCUACGCUUUUCCACAAAGUCUAUAAUUUAGAAAAACAAAUCCAUUACUUUGCCUACGAUAAAAAAAUGGACCACAAAGAAAAUACUCAUGGCAAGCAUUCUAUGUCAGAACUUGAAAAGGAAAUGGAUAUGCAAUUCCUUGAAGAAAAUCCCAUGUACGUAAACAUUAUUAAAGAAAUGGCAGAAAAAAUGGAAAAAUCGUCAGAUAUUCAAAUGAGAACGGUGAUGAUGGGUGCUCUUUAUAAUACCAAGUUAAACUACGCCCUUAAUUACCUUAAACCAUUAAUAAAAGAUGAAAAAAAUCUCUUUACUGGAUCCAUGAAAAUUUAUCCAGUUCUGGCUACAAUCUAUGGAGAGGUUGUCCAAAAUCGCGAAACUGUUUUUUCUCUUUACUGGCCAGUAUUUACUGAUCGCACACUUCCUGUCGAUAUCCGAAUGGCUGCUUAUUUUGCAAUUAUGGAAACUCAUCCUCCCAUGUCUCUCAUGUUUAACAUUUACUGGUUCAUGCAAUCGGAAACAAACCAUCAGCUCUACAAGUUCCAUUAUGAUUACAUAAAGGCUAUGUCCCUAACAACAGAUGCGUGCCAUUAUAUCCAAAAAGAACACGCUGCCGCCAUAUUGAAAUAUACAAAGCCGCCCAGCUAUAACGGAUUCGAAGGUUUCUACAAAAUGAAUUAUUUCGACAAAAAAUACAAUUUUGGAGAAGACUAUGAGAUGAUGUAUGUUUCCAGUGAAGAUAUUCACACAAUGGUAUUCUCCUACAAAACCGAAGUAAUGAACAAUCUCUACAAUCCCUUGACAUUCAUGAUAAGAGUGCAUGGUCUUGAAGAUCCUGACAUAAAGAAGCUGUUCUUAGAACACAAAAGCACUGAGUACCUUCUGAAUCCUGAAAUGGCCUUCAAAAUGUUAUCGAAGGGCAUUAAAUCCAACAGUAACUUAAAGAUCGAACUUGCCGUCCUUCGGCAUACUCAGAUAAUACACAUGGCCAUGGUUGAUGGAAACAAUCUAAAUGAUUUGUCAUGGAUGAUUCAGUUAUGGUUCCAGGAUUCAAUUAUCAAAAAGUUUAUAGAUAUUAACUAUGAGUACUACAGGGUAACGUUACUUCCUAACGACAUUGGUUUCCCCGCAAAGAUUGAAACAUACGUUCCAAGCGUUAAAUAUUCCACAAUAAAUAUAACGAAGGCGCGUAAUGAAAUGAAUGUGAACAAUUACUACAAACACUGGAGCCAUUCUUGGAACGAAAUGACCUUCUACAAUCCAUUUGGGGAUGUUUGGCAAGGAGUCACUAGACUUCACUCAAUGGAUUUGGCUUAUCCGAUUUAUAUCGACGCUGACGUAACAACUAAGAGCAUUCGAAUUAACUUCAAGAGAUACAACGAUGACAAUAGGGACACAAUUGGCAUUAGGAGUCAUGCUAUGACAAUGGUUUAUGUUAAGGAUGAUUUUAAACAUGGAAUUCUGGAAAAAUCGUGUGAGUUCUGUCAACCCUGGGUUGAAGUCACCAAAGUGACCAAGAAGAACUAUACCAUAGUGGAUCACGAAUGUAACAACUUCGGUUACAGGACACAAAUGCUGUCAUUCGACAAUGAAAUAGGCAAUCCAACUUUGAAAGACUUAAAGGAUUAUCUAUUCAGAACUGAUAAUAAACACUUCAUGACGAUAUUUGGUCAUAUGUUUUUGUCUCAUUCCCACUUGCGAUCUUUCUAUUCAUUCCAUCCCAUGCCACUUACCAACGGUUACAUCAUGAGAGCCAUUCCCAGCAAAAUUGCACCAGUAUCCGACGCGGAACUUAACUUACGUUAUGAACGAGAAGUGGCCCACGAUACAAUGGUAACCUUACCGGGCGUCAAAAUGACGCUUCAUGGGUCGUAUGUGGUUAAAUCUGUGGAAGGAGCACCCAUAAAAUCACUGGUCGUAGAUUCCAGAAUUGACAUGAAACCGGGGCAUAAAAUUAACAGCUACAAAAUGCAAGUUUCGUACCAAGAUCCCGAAGUUGGUACUAAAAUAUUUAGCGUCGAUGGUAGUAGAAAAUACAUCGAUGACAGGGACACAGGUCGAAUGACUGUUGCUGUUAAACAUUCCCCUGAUACGGAAUCCACUAAAGAUGAUGUUAUUUUGGACGUUAUGAUGGAAGGCAAAAAGUCUGAGGAACACCUUGCUACAGUAGAAGAAUACGGAGAAUGUAUUCCUUACAUGUUAACCUACCCGAAGAGUUACUUCCCCAAUUAUUAUAUGGAAUGUGCUUCUCAAAUCGAUGCAGUCACCGAUUACAUGUACACCAUUAAACACCAAAACGUACCAGAAUUUGUUAACGAUACCCUUACAAAAGCUCUCGAAAUGAGCUUCUCAAUUUUCAAAUUCAAUGGAGAAAUUAAAAAAGAUUACGUCGACCAAAAUACCGUCAAGGUUCAUGUGGAUUAUCCAAUUCAUGGAGAAUACGUGACAGGACAAGUUGAAGAAAUAGAUAGCUAUCCUUUGUUCGACUAUUUCCUUGAUCACAGGCAGCCCCAUGACGCAAUGCUUCAACCCCAACAUUCUCUGUUGGAGGUGCCAUUCAGUAUGGUUACGUAUUUUGGAUUGAGACCAUCGAACCUACGGUUGUCGCGUUUAUAUAAAAUGAUGUAUGCCAUUGGUGCUGUAAGGAGCUGCCAUAUUUAUCACAAUUCGGUAAAGAUCAAUGAAAAUAUGACUGUAAAUCAUGAUCUGACUCAAGACUGGACUCUUUAUGGAGAACAUACUGAAAUAGGUCCCAAACAAAGUUUCUACGCUAAAAACGUUGGAGACAAGAUUGCUCUAAAAGUUGUUCAAGGAAGCAAAACUAUUGAGGUAUACCCCGCUGGUGAUAAUGGAGAACAUUUUAAAGUGGUGAUUGAUGGAAAAGUAAUGGACAGUAAGCAAAUUCAUUUCUCUGAAGAUUCGUUUGCUGUAUCUGUACAACCAGAUUUCGUUGAUAUUCUUAAUUACGAAGUAGGAAUCAACUUUAUUUACACCGAUCAUUUUGUUCACAUCGAUAUUCCAAAUCACAGUGGACCUACUAAAGGAGUGUGUUUCACAGACAAAAUGUAAAAAAUAAAUGUAUUGUGUGCUGUUGAUAAACUAAUGUAGUUGUAGGUACGCAUAUUUAAGAAUAAAAAAGCAGUUAAAAUAA